UUGUUAUAUAUCGAAUAUACGCUCUUUAGUACUAGUCACCAAACUCCACUAAUUACAAAUAUCACAUUCAUUCUUCUUCUCUUUUGCUGGAUUUUCAAACAAAAAUACUGUAGCUUAAUUCAAUGAGUUCCAGAAGCAAAACUCCUUCCAAUUACAUAAUCAGUUCUGAAUCCUCAGAAGAAAGUAGUUGGACUAAGUACUUUGAGGAUUUCUUCAACAAUCAUAAUAAUAUUGAUAUUAAUCAUGAUGAUGAGAAAUGUUCUGUUUCUUUCUCUGAUUUUGAUGAUGGCUCAUCCUCUCUUAUCUCUGAUGCUGCUGCAAAAAAAUUAGCUGAUUGUGCCCAAGAUGGUAUGAGAUUGAGUUUCAAGAAGAGGAAGAAGAUUAAAACUAGAUUGGUUGAUGAUGAUUUGGAAGAUACUGCAAGUUCUCCUAUUAACAGCCCCAAGAACCAGAUAUACAAGGCAAAAGAGAAGGAAGAAAUUGACCAUCUUUAUCAGGAGAAAGGAAAUACCCUAGGAGAAAGAGACGAGAUGAAGGAAGUGGGGUUUAAUGAAAUGGACACUAGUAGGGACCAUACAGAACUGAAUAAAAAAGGGCUUUGCUUAGUUCCUUUGUCUAUGGUAAUGAACUAUUUAGGUUGAAUAUUAUAAGUUUCAUGACAUGUACAAGACCUUUAUGUAUGUAUUCCUUUCUCUUAAUUAGCGCACGCUUGCGCUGUGUAUAUACAUUAUGGGUUGAAUAAUUAUUUGUAUAUAGACUUUUAUAGAAUUUAUUUUUUU